UCUUGAUCACUGUUUGCCAUGCCACUCAGGGUAAUGUGGCUGUAGUGCUGUCACAAGAGUUUUAGUGAUAAACCCAGCACAAGAAGUUUCAGGUCUUAAAAAUCAAUGUGACUUGAGUCGGAGUUAAAUUUGAAGAGCAAAGUAUUCCAUCGGUGAGGUAUUUAUUGCUUGACUAUCAAGAUGAAUUCUACCACUGUACCAGGAACCACCACCCCCUCACCCAACAGCACUAUCUGCAACACCCUGUACGCCCAUCGAGACUAUGCCAGGGUCCUCAUGCCUCUUGUUUAUUGUGUCGUGUUUGUCGUGGGACUGUUCGGAAACUGCCUCGCCCUUCAUGUCAUCCGCCCCAAUCUAAAGAAGAUGAACUCCACCACCUUGUACUCACUUAACUUAGUCAUUUCUGACAUCCUCUUCACGUUCUCCCUGCCGUUUCGGAUCACCUACUAUGCUAUGGGUUUCCACUGGCCCCUGGGUGAGACGCUCUGCAAGAUCUCAGGCCUCAUUUUCUACAUCAACACCUACGCGGGGGUCAACUUCAUGACCUGCCUCAGUAUAGACCGUUUCAUUGCUGUGGUCUUGCCACUGCGCUUUGCUCGACUUCGGAAAGUUAGUAAUGUGCGCUACAUUUGUGUUGGGGUGUGGCUGGUGGUCCUCGCCCAGACCCUCCCUCUCCUUGGAAUGCCCAUGACUAAAACUGAACCUGAGGGCUUCAUCACCUGUAUGGAAUACCCCAACUUUGAGACCGUUCCACACAUUGCUACUAUACUGAUUGGUGCUGUGUUCCUGGGCUACGUCAUCCCCGUGGUCACCAUCCUGGGGUGUUACUCUGUUUUGUGCUCCAAACUCCGGAUCUCAGCCAAAACCAACCAUCUGACUGAGAAGUCCGGCCGGAGCCGCAAAGCCAUUGGCGUGAUCUGUUGUGUUUCUCUUGUGUUUGUUAUCUGUUACAGCCCUUAUCAUAUUGACAUCCUGCAAUAUAUGAUCCGCAAGCUAGUGUCGAGCCCCAGUUGUGUUGACCUCACAGCCUUUCAAGUGUCACUUCACAUCACCGUGUGUCUCAUGAACCUUAACUCUUGUUUGGAUCCAUUUAUUUACUUCUUUGCUUGUAAAGGCUACAAGAGGAAACUGCUGAAGCUGCUGAAGCUCCAGGUCAGCAUGUCCUUCUCCAGCGUAGCGAGGACUUCACCUGAAGGCUCCUCCAAGGACAUUAUCGAUGGCAACAAGUUUCAGCUGAACAGCUCAACUAUGGGAGCAACCAGUGAAAGGCUCACAGAGAGGAGGUUACACAAGUAUGAGUAAGAGGACAGAAGCACGGACAGUUACACAAUCUGAGGAACUUCUAGAUCUCAGCUAGUCUUCCAAAGCUGUCUAGCACUGUCUUAAACAAACUGCUGUGGACAAAUAGACCCACUUGCAUGUGAUUGUAGACUCAAGCAGCUGCUAAAUGUCUGUAUCCACAGUAAUUCAGCAGACUGAUCUGAAUGACCGAAGAUGCUGUAAAAGAAAAAGCAGCACAUCCUGUUUUUACAUAUAAAAAGAAUUCUAUUGAGUAAAGAUGUUGAGAAAAACCACCAAGAUUGCAGCAAAAGAAAAAAGUUGUAUCUAUCCUAUCAAUUAUAUCACUCUGCUGCUCUUUUGCAUAACACAAUAGACAGAUACUGUCUGAAAAGAUUAUUGAAUGCAGCGCUGUAGCUGGAUAUUUACAUCUCGACAGUGACCUCAGACCAUCCCUACAGUGUUACUUUCAUAAACUGCAAUGUUAAUCUGUGCAGAAGAUGUGAAUUUAAAGCGUAAGACUUCAACACAUUUAGUCCAUAUGUGUAUUAUUUCAUACUGAACUGCUCAUAACCGUUAUUUUCUAUGCAAAAGGUGGGUCUAUUGAUUAUGAAAAUUAGUUAAAAUAGGUUGUUUGUCAGCUGUUCUUUUUUACUAUUACGAACAAAAUAUUAAUGUGCUAACAUUCAACUGUAUAACAUUUGUGCAUAAUGAUGUAUUUGGUGUUUUUGUAACACAUGUUCAAAGUACAUUGGCGCAAUGUCAAAUAUUUAAUGUUAUUCAUUUUGUCUCAGGGGAGUGAAUUAUUUUAUCAAUGACUCAGUUCAUAAAAUUACUCACUUGUGUUUUGCUUUGUUUUUUUGUUUGUUUUUUAUAUAAAAGCACCAAACAAUUCCAUUUUUCAACAAUUUUCAAUGAGUUGCUUUAAUACUGAUGGAUUUAUGAUAUGUAAGACAUUGGGAGACAGUACUUUUUGACCAGUCUAAAAUGUCAAAGUUGAUGUUUGUUUUAGGGUUGAGAUCUUGUUGUUUUUUUUUUUUUUGUUUUUUUUUUGAGGUAAUAUUAAUUGUAAUGUUACUUAAUGCUGGGUGUUUUGUGCUAGAAAACAAAAAGAAGAACAAGAAUGUAUAAGACGAAAAAGAAGAAGAAGGCGAAGUCUGUUCUGAACACAUGGUCGUGCAGCAUGACACCACUCUUUUCUACAGCUAAAUCCCCUUAAAUGUCACAUACUGUAUAAACUGUGAAGGCAUGUUCAAGAAUGUAUGAUAGUCAGAAUGUUUCCAUGCUGUUGAUACGUUCUUACAGCCUCUAAAUAAUAUUUGUUACCUGUAAAGGAUAAAAAAACAAAACCCUGUUUAAUUCAUCUCCAAAGUGUAUGAGUACAGUAUACAGCCACGGUAUUUGUACUCUGCUGGUGAGGAGAGAUUGACGGUUAGUACCCUACUCCGAAACUAAUAAUUAGAAACAUUUCCUGAAGCCUCGGGGUUGUCAGUUAAAAAGGAAACUCAUUAUCACAUUCACUGUUGUUUAAUGUACAGCAGGUAACUUUAAUUUUUUUUUUUUUUUUUUUUUCAGGACAGAGCAUUAUUAGUAAGCAAGUGAAACACGUGGUAAAUCAAAAGUAAAGUUUGUUUGAGGUAUGGUUUGAACUAAGUCAUUUAGGUAUUUAGGUUUGUGUGUUGAGGUUAGGUCACUGGGUGUACAGUUACGGUUCAGAAAAGACAACUUGUUGGUUUGUACCAGUGUGCAAAGAGGAAUUUCUGACCUGAAAGUCAAACGUGUUUCACAGUUCAAUACUCUGCAGCAUCACUUGCUGCAUCAAGGUAACACUGUGGUCUGUCACCAUGCACUGCUACCAAGUGUUCAGUAAACUGUAUAUAUUUGUGGCGGGUAUGGCGCAGUUUUGUGUGUAGUGUGUAAUAAAUAGCCCUUCAUAAAGAUAUGUCUGUGUUGCUAAUCAGUCGUAUUAUCUGUAUAAAGAUCCAACUGUUCUAUUUUUUACUUUGCAUAUAUUCUAUCAAGCCUGGACCCUUUGGUUGAUGUACAGAAUGUGCUUAUUCCUCUCUUUUCUCUGUCAACACAUUUUGAUGCUGCUGACACUGUUAUAUGUGCUGAGGAUUUUUUCAGUGCAUUCAAUAUGUAUGAUGCAGAUUCUCUUUUUUUUUUUUUUUUUUACAUUGAGUAGACAGUUUGUUUUUAAAUUGCAAUAAAAACUUGUGCAUUAAAUCAAAAUGAGUCAA